AAAAGAAUCAAAUAUAACCUCUUCUCUAGGAGGGAAGUGUUUAGUCUCAAGUCGUGUUGGAAGAUCUAUUUUGGUGAAAACUAGGUGGCUGGGAUUAGGUUAAUUUCAGUCCUGAGUCCUGAUGUUUGAUCACUUGAUGUUUUGUAGGAUUGGGUCCUGUCUUAUGAUUAUGUGGCUGAUUUCUGCCUCUGGUGAAAUGAGCUGUCCAGAAUUUCCUCCAGUGGACAAUAGCAUCUUUAUUGCAAAGGAGGAAGAAGGACAGAUUUGGGGGACUUACCUUUGUACUGAGGGCUACCACAUGGUGGGACAAGAAACUUUUUGGUGCAACAACUCAAAAGUGUGGGAUGCCUUCACCCCUGAAUGCCGCUUGGGCCACUGUCCUGAUCCUGUGCUGGCAAAUGGCGAAUUCAAUUCUUCAGGGCUGGUGAAUGUAAGAGACAAAGUCACAUUCAAGUGCAAUGAGCACUACAUCCUCAAGGGCAGCAACUGGAGCGAGUGCCUAGGGGACCACACCUGGGGGCCUCCCCUCCCCAUCUGCAAAAGUAGAGACUGUGACCCUCCUGGGAAACUGGCGCAUGGCUAUUUUGAAGGAGAGUUCACCUCAGGAUCUGUUGUUACUUAUUUCUGUAAGGAAAGGGUCAGCUUUGGACCUCAAUUCUACCACCUGGUCUUCCAUGUAGCUGGAAUCACAGGUACCGUUUGGUGGGCCCGCGGGAGCUGCGCUGCCUGGAAGGGGAGUGGAGCGGUGAGGUUCCGACCUGUGAGCCCAUCCCAGAAGCCCCCAAGCCAGCCCAGCAGAUUGCGUUGGAGAAGGCUCUGCAGGCCUUUCAGGAGAGGGAAGACCUUUGCAGUGCCAUCAAGAACUUUCUGAAAAGAUUAAAGGAAUGUGGCUUACCAGUGGACGAACUAAAAUAUUCUCUGGAGAUUAAGAAAGCAGAGUUAAAGGCAAAGAUACAGCAACAUCAUAGU